AUGCAGAUCAAGGAUCUCAUCAUUGCUUUCACUGUCCUCACCAGUGCUACUGUCAUCGCUGCUCCCAGCAAGAAGAGGAGCUGUCCUAACGACUACUGGUACUGCGGUGUUUGUAACGGCACCAAGUGCAAGAUUGCCGCUACCAACUACGAAUGCACGCAGAACACUGCUUGCACUGGCUCUGGUGCUGGAGACGGUGCCGUCUGCGGUACCAAGAACGACAACUUCUUCAACAUCGGUGCCGACAUUGAGUGCCCUCACAAGAACUAA